CGGCGCGCUGCCAUUGGUUGCGCGGGGCGGAAGGCGGAGCUUUCAGUGGCGUUCCGUCUCGGGCCGCGGCCCUGCGCGCUUCGCUGCGGGCGGUUGAGGGUCGGUCGGCGGCGCUCCGGAAGAUCUAAACGCUUCCGAGAAUGCCCUGGUCCUCGCUGAACCUGGCUUCCUUCUCUUGGUUGCGCCCAUAAAGAUUCUUCCCUGGCACUAGCCAACUGGCACGGACUUCCGAAGACGGGCGAUGGCGACCUACGCCGGCAAGCAGGGCAAGAGGCAGGACGAGAGCAGCCUGGGCAGCCUGGUGGACCUGGUGCUGGCCAACGCCCGGGUGGUGCUGGGGGUCAGCGGUGCGGCUGUGUUGGCCCUGGCGACGCUUGCAGUCAAGAGGUUUAUUGACCGAGCCACCAGCCCACCGGAUGACGAGGACGACAUAAAAGCCAAGCAGAAGUCCCUGGAGGAGAGCUGGCAAGAGCUAAGCCUGAUCAAGGGGGUGUCCAAAGUGCGCCGGCAAGAUCUGGAGGAGCCCCUGCUGUCCCCGGUCACAGCUGUACCUGCACAAGACUCUGAAGAUCUCAUCCUGUCCCCAGGGGUCUCUUUGGGGCAGUCCAAAUCCCUGCUCUGCCUCACCCUUCAGGAGAAGCUUCUCUCGUUCUACAGGGAUCACAUCUACGUCUCCGAGACGGAAAAGGCUGUUGGGAAGCAGCUCGCAGAAGACAUCCGGGUGGAGCUGCAGACCUUCCUGAAAAACAAAUCUUUGGAUCUGCCCUUUGGGAAUAUUUCCCUCAGCGGCUACCUUUGUGACGACCUUGUUGGCCAACACCAACUGGAGGUGGUCUUCAACCUUCCCUUAGUCCUAGAAGACCACCUUUGGCACUUGAUCCGUGGUGAAGAGACACUCGUGGAUAACUCGUGGUAUGGGAUGAUCAAACGGAGUGGUCUGGAGUAUUUCACACGGGGAAGCAGCCCUUGGGACAAGUUCAUUGUAGGUGGGUACUUAUCAUCCAAUGCUAUCAACGAUGCCCUCCUGAAGACCUUGGUGGCCUCCGUCAACUGGCCGGUCAUCGGCAGCCUGCUGGAAUGCCUCAUACGGCCUUCGAUGGCUCCCAGGGAGCUCAAGCUGGAAGUCCAACACGAACAGGUCCUCUUGGACAUCACCCUCUGCCCGAUGGUGGAAACAGAAGGCAAGAUUUUUCUGGCCACGUUCUCUGGAGAACCCGUGGACAACCUCUGGCAGCAGAGUUUUUACGCCGCAGAGGUUUCCAAGCUGAAAGAGCUGGAUGCUGGAGAUGGCGGCAUCCGGCAAUGUUGUCUCCUCAUCUUGAAGGCCACCUUUGAAAAACACCCUUUCUGGAGCAAAUUGACUGGCAGUCAGUUGACUCACGUCAUCCUCCACCUGAGCCAAACGGAGCCGGACUGGCCGGAGGCGAUGCUGGCCGAGAGGCUCCAGCAGGUCUUGGAGGAGCUGGUCCAGUGCCUGGCCAAAGGCUCUCUCCCUUGCUUUUUCGACGACAGAGUGGACCUCUUGAGCCAUCUGCUCCCAGAGGAGAUUGAUGAGAUCGGCUGCACGCUGUAUGAGGCGUUGGCCGCGCCCAACCUUGCAGAGGGGCUAGGUUUAUAAAGAGAAUCCUGGCUCCCUUUUGGACGGAGAAGACUUGGAAGGGACCCGUUCACUCCCCCCCCCCAUUGCAAUUCUUUUGCACCAAAUGAAAUGAAAGUAUUAACUCUUGAAGUAAAAUGGCCCUUGAUUGUCAGCCCUUUGUCCUCGCUCUCUUACCGGAUUUUUUUGCCAUUCGGAACGGAGGUUCUUCUCCAGGGAGUGUGUGCUCUCUCCAUAGGGCAGGAUUGGGGGGCAGAGAGGGUAGCUAAUCCCCUCCCCUCCUCUCCGAUUUCCCCAUUGUUUUACUUCUCAAACCUUGUGAACGUGCAUCUCUGGAUGGAAUGCUCUGAGUGAUUGUGGUGGGGGUCUCUACUCCGCAGCCCCCUUGAAGAUUCUUCUGAUUUUUUUCAAAUAAAUAAAGCAAGUAAGCAAAAAGGCUCAGGUCACUUCUGGGCACCCAGGAACCAA